GUGGUGUCAAAGGUUUUUCAGAACCGACUGGUGAAUGAAUACACUGAAUUUUUAAUGCUAAAAGUGAUAACUGUCUGUGAGGAAUAGGGAAAAGCAUAAGAAAAGGGACGAAAUAUGUUUAUUGUGUAUUGCUGAACAGAAUAUUCUGGGAACAAGGAGGAGAGAAGCUGAAAAUAAAGUUCCAACAGCUCAGCCACGGAAAGGCGUAAGAUUGAGCCGUCGGCAGCUCUUUUCAGCCGUGGUGAGAGAGGGACUCGAGUAUUUUAAAACGGGUUGAUGGAUCAGCAGGCUGGGCAGGAAAUCUAGUGUGAGCGCCAGGUGUGCAUCUCCCGCGGAGGGUGUGAUGCUGAGGACCCGCACACGCCGCGAGAGCCGAGCGGAGCUGCGGCUGCGUUCAUCCCUCAUCUCUCCUCUCCAGCUGUCCUCGGCUCCGGCCGGCGGGACCCAGCCCCGGGGGCUCCGCGGUGCCGCCGCCGCGGCCUGCCCGCCGUGCCGCGCCCCAGGCCCGCCGAGCCCGCGGGAUGCUCGGGCCGCGCCUGCGGAGCCGCUCCGGGUAGGCAAACAGCCCCGGGGCCCGAGGGGCUCCGCGCCUGCCCGGCCGGCCCCGCCGGUGGGUCCCGGGCCGCCGCGGGCGCUGCCGGCCGAGGGGAGCGGCGGGGCCGGGGCGGGGCCGCCCCACAGGUGCCGCCGGGCGGGCGGAGCGGAGCCGCCCCGGGCUCCCCCCGCCGCGGGGGCGGGCCGAGCCCAGCCCAGCGCGGGGGCCGGGUCGCCGCCGCCCCCGCCCCCCGCCGGAGCCGCCCGCCAGCCGCGCCGGGCCGGGCCGGGCCGUGCCGGGAGCCGCCGGAGCUGGAACUGGUACCGGUGUCGGCUCCGCUGCCGCGGCCGCGCCCGCCGCUGCUGGGGGAGGCGGUGCCCGCGCCGCGCCCCCGCGCCCCGCCCGCCCCCGGCAGCAGCAGCAGCGGCAGCGGCAGCCUCAGCACCUCCGCCAGCUCCGCCAGCAGCUCCAGCAGCAGCACCAUGGACCUGUCCUUCAUGGCCGCGCAGGUGGUGCGCGACGCUUCCUGUUAUGGGAGGAGCCUUUAUGGACUCACCCAACGAGGACUUUAGUACAGAGUACUCCCUGUUUAACUCAUCAGCCAACGUCCAUGCAGCUUCUUCCAUGCAGAAUCCACCAGAAGAGACAUCCCGUUCUUCAAAUGAUGCCAUAUUGUUAUGGAUUGCAAUAAUAGCAACAAUUGGAAAUAUUGUGGUUGUGGGAGUGGUGUAUGCCUUCACCUUCUAGGAUGACUGUCACUACAAACACUGGAAGAAAGGAAAUCUUCAACAGUAUUUGUCAUGUGUAUGUAUGUAUGUAUGUAUGUGUGUAUAUAUACAUGUAUAUUUAUAUCUAUAUAAAUACAUAAAAGUAGAGACUUUGUUGAUUAUGUGCUGCCACAGUCAUGGAAAUGAAAUGCGAGUUAAUCAUCUUAAGUCUUGAUGGCAGAAAGUUUGGAUGCAAAUUGUAUGGAGGUGAGAGCUUUAUUUGAGAACAGAGCCAAUACCAGUUUUGUAUAGAAAUGUAAUAAAAGAGAGAUCAACUAGGCUAUAGUAAAUACAGAGAGAUAUUUAUAUAGAAAGUGCUUAUUUUCUAUUGUAGAAUUUUCUAGCAGCUCAUCUGCAGUUUUGGGAGGGUUUUUUUGUGCAUUUUUUUACUGUAGAAUAAUGUUACAUGGAAUUGUUCCAGGUCGUGUUUUCUGGACAUCUUAAUUUCCUGGAUGGACCAAGUGGUUGGCAUUGGCUCGGUUCUGAUGAAGUCCAAGUUCAUUAUGUGUAAUUCUUCAGCAUGGCUGUAGACUCCUGGGCUGUAUUCAAAAUCAUGGGUCUCACAGCCAUGAACAGGCAGAGGCAGGCUGUCUGUUACCUUCCAGUAUCAGUAACUGGAGCUGGUAAUCAAUAAAGUGAUGCUGAACCUGCCUGCUGUUCGGGAGGAGGCACAGCUAUUGCUGCUCUGCAGACCCUCUGAAUUUCAGAGGAGAAAAUGAUAAACAGAGCAUUUCUGUCUAGAGGCACUGGGUUGCAGUGGUUUGUAAAUGUGUCGGUGCCGGGAAACAAAAGCCUCAUACCACUUUCAUAAGGUUGUUAAUGUACUGGAAGAAUGAUGGGAAAAUUGUGAAGCCUAAUUAAUAGUGAAUAUGUCUAUGAGAAAGAUAAAAGAAAGGUUGGGCACUUCUGUGCUUAUGUGGGGGUGAAUUCAAGAGUUUGAUAUGUCCUGGGGUAGAAACAAUACAAGAAAAGUAAUAAGUGUCAGAUGGGCAAGUGCUUAUAUCUCAGUAUUAAUGUAUCUUUGGGUUCUGUGAGGGUCUUGGAAGUGAUUUUUUUAUAGCUGGCUUUGGGUCAUGACUCUGAUUAUCCUUUGGAUUUGUUCCACUGAGAGGUAACAUUUUUACUGCAUUUUUUCCCAUGGGCAAUUAAUUUUCAAGAGCUGUAUCCUUUCAAGACAAGCUGUAGCCUCCCUUGCUUGAGAGACUGUGAAAUCUUGAGAAAAGAAAAAAAACCCACUGCUGUUGGAAAUCUUCCUGCACCCCCAUAAAAAUCAAGCAACAAUACAUAAAAUGUAUGCACUUUGAGAGCAGCAGACAAAUUCUUCUUCUGUGUCUGCAUGUACUGUCUAGGUUUUCUGUCUCAUAUAGCUACUACCCUAAUUCCAGAAAGCCUUGUCUGCAGGCACAGAGACUAUUUUUGACACUUGCCUGCCACUGAGCUUGAGGCUGGGCUAAGAGCUGCUGAAUGUAUAGAGAGGUUUGGAUUUUUGUCUUUUCUCUUUAAACCCAUUUUCCUGCAGGGCUGGUGGACAGUUACUUGAAUUAAACCAGCAGGCCCCAAAUCUGUAUUUAGAACUACUCAGCAGUCACUGUGUAUAUUUUUUCCUCUCUAUGAACUGUCCUUUAAAGCUAGGAAAGAUGCAAACAGAGCUAGCAGUGAGAAGAAAAGAAAUUAGGUUAUUUUAAGGCUGAGAACACCAAUUAUGAGCUUCUGUGUGUGUUGUUAUUUCCCUAUUUGGAGGCAGGAUUUUGUGAAGAUGGUUGAGGACAGACAAGACCUAUACUGGGAAAAAGUUUGAGAAGCCCAGUUCUGAAAGAUCAGAGGGAAAGCAAAUUCUGCGCAAUAAGAUAACUUUAGUCUUAAGAAUGAUAGAAAAAUAGUGAUUUUCGUUUUCUAAAAUAGCUAUUAAUUCCUUCCUAGCUACAGGACAGUGAAAAGACAGGAGCUGCAUAAAUAGUGUACCUUGUUUUUGCACCCCUCCUUAUUCUUGCUGAGCAGAAAUGAAGCUGUUGGAAAACUGCAGAGAAGUUUCCAACUUUCCAAUUUCCAACAGAAUUGAGCAGGACAAGGUCUGGUGUGUAAACAUGUAGGAUCCAUGAAAAUAUUGCUUAAUGUAAUGUACUGUCCCCAACCAUUUUCUGAUAUUCUGUUGCCUUUGUAAUUUUAUGAGUUACUCACGGACUUUUCUUCAUUGUUCCUACAGGCUGUGUAGUUAGGCCAGAUCCUGCAAGCAUUUUUGCAUAAAGAGCAAAACAUUUCCACCAUGACUAAAGCCAAUUUGACACAAUGGUACUUGCCCAGUGGGAUUAUUCUGGUGCUUAAUGAAUUUGCUAGUGGAGUGCUUUGCUUAAAUUUCCUAGAAUAUUAAUCUUGGUGCAAUUAGCAAUGUCUGCAUCUGUCUCCCACAGCACUGGACUAAACUCUUCAACCAUGAAGAAAAGCAUUAGAGUGGGAACAGUAAAGGACCACUGUUCAGCUAAUGAAACCAAGUGACACUUUUGUGUUGCUUUUCCCAAAGAAAAUGCCCUACUUUUGUGUGAAACUGAUAGUAAUAUCAGGAGCAAUGGAAAACAAUGAGUUCCACCUCCUGCAUCCACAUCAUCAUCAUACAUAUUUUCAUUGUUAGAGGCUUUGUUGUCAAGAAGGGCCAGACAAAACUUUAAUUUAAGUAAUUGGCUUGACAGGGUGACAUGGCAAGCUGGGUGCAAGCUGCAAGUGCAGGCAUCUUCUGCCUCAUAGUUAAACUGCACACUGACUGUACAACUUCUCUGUCGGGAGGAAAAGUUAGUUUUAGGAUGCAGGUACAAGGAUACUGCAUGUGAGGGUCUGUGUGGAAUAUUGUCAGGUGUACUGAAGAUUCCUGAACUGCAGUGGCCAGAGCUGGUUCAAGAUCUGAUCUACUUCGUGAUAAUAUGCACACUGUAUUUCUGGAUGUUGUGUUCUGGUUUCAUCCACUACAACCACUUCUCUCUUCUGGGAGGUUAACGAAGGUUUAAAUUAAGCCAUUGAAAAAAGAAAGGGCACUAAAUCAUCGUAAAGUUCAGAGAAGCUACAGAGGGGAAUGGAGCAGUGGCUGGGUGGUGGAUGUUUCACAGGUAUGGUCCAGUGAAAUGUGUUGCCUCUUGAACUGUCAACACAGCUUGACUUGGAGCACUGUAGCUUCUCCUUUCAUUGGAGCCAGGCAGCUGGAUAAUUGAUGUCACUCUCUGAGGAAUGAUGGGGAAACCCAAACACAUUCCCCAGAGCUGUUUUCUGAAGCUUUUCUUUAAAAGAAGAGGGUUCUGUGCUUUGCUGAGCACUUUGUGAAUCAGCCUGAGAAAAGGAUUCCACUUGAUCAGUGCUUCAAUUAAAAAUGUCUAGCACAGAUCGCAGUUAGAAAAUCCUGGCUGCAGUUCAUUCUGGGGUAGAUGAAGCAAACCACUUUCUGUGUGCUCUACCUCGAGGGGUGUUUUACCUCCAGCUGUGUUGUGCAACCUCGUUGCACAAACACAAGAAGCAAUUUUGCCUGCAAAGUUAUCAAUGAGCCAAGGAAGACAAACUGGGGUGCCCUAAUAAUUCUGUUUUAGCCAUGCCCUCUAGGGAUCUAUGGCAACAUACCAAAUAAUAAAGCUGCCUCUAAAUUUUUUUUUCUCAAAGCAGCCAGCAGCUCAACACAGCAGCUGUGCAGCCACCAAAUCAAAGAGACUAAAGGCUGAAGAGUUAUUCAGGUGGGUGCAAUGGCCCAUUAGAAAGGAGAACUGAGUGGGCAACCCACACAGCUAUUCCUGUUGUAUUUUUAUCUGCAAGUAGCAGUCUGUACUUGCCCACAGCAUUAACACCCUGUAUUUCUGUGUCAACAGAUUUGCAAAACUGAAAAACCAAUUUUGAAAUUGAUGCAACAGGAGUAGCAGAGAGACUUGUCUGCGACAAAUAAUGUAUUUAGCCUUUUCAGUGGGCAGAUGAGUCAUAGAUAUCUCAUAAGUAAUGAGAUCCCUGCUCCAAAAUCCUCACUUGCAACAGUACUUGAGGCCAGUCAGCAUCCCACCCAACUGCUGAGCAGACUGUAAUAAUCAGUCCCAAAUCAAGAGUAAAUAGAAGCAUCCAGCCAUUAUUGUCUUACCCUGUACACCCAUUUCAACACAAAAGAAAAAAAUACACCUUUGUGUCUGGGACCAAAUGAAAACAGGAGCCUCUAGUCUAUGGGUUGUUAUGUAUUUUGUCUAUUAUUAAAAGCUUUCAUUUUGCUAUUCUCAA